AUGCCCGGAGAGCUUCUUCGCCCUGCUGCCGGCGACGCGCCGCAGCCUGUUGCACAGGUCCCGCGGACGAAGCGCACCAUGCCGACCAAGUCGUCCGAUCUGUACCUGAUCCAGGACAGCGAUGUCAUCUACGAGCAGGAGCUCAUCCGCAACCCGGGCAGCAUCAAGCCGUGGCUCGACUACGCCGCCUUCAAGCGUCAAAACGGCUCCCUGCUCGAGCAGGCCUUCGUCCUGGAGCGCGCCUGCACCACUCUGCCGCGCUCCUACAAGCUGUGGAAGAUGUACCUGGACCUGCGCGUCCACCACAUCAAGGGCAAGAACCCGGCCAAGUUUCAGGCACACUAUGUCAAGACCAAUGCUCUCUUCGAGCGCGCACUGGUGUUGCUAAACAAGAUGCCGCGCAUCUGGGAAAUGUACCUGGACUUCUUGAUGCAGCAGCCCCUCGUCACCACCACCCGCCGCACCUUCGAUCGUGCCCUCCGCGCGCUUCCGCUCACUCAGCACAACCGCAUCUGGGCCCUGUACCGCCCUUUCGCCAGCUCCGCCUCUGGGGAAACUGCUGUCAAGAUUUGGCGCCGAUACAUGCAGAUCCAUCCGGAGCACGCCGAAGAAUUCAUCGCCCUUUUGAUUGACAUGCGCCAAUACACAGAGGCAGUCAAGAAGUACAUGGAAAUCCUCAACAACCCCAGGUUCAAGAGCAGGGAGGCAAAGGGACCCUUCCAGUUCUGGACGGAAAUGGUCGAGCUGCUCAUCGAUCACGCCAAGGAAAUCGACACGGGAGAUGACAUCGGCAUCGAUGUUGAAAAGAUCAUUCGGAGCGGCAUUGCCAAGUUUUCGGAUCAGAGGGGCAUCUUGUGGGUCGGCCUGGCAAGGUACUGGAUCAACAAGGGCGACUACGAGCGUGCCCGUGACAUCUUCGAGGAGGGCAUUACCACUGUCAUGACCGUCCGUGAUUUCUCCAUUGUCUUCGACACGUAUGCAGAAGCCGAGGAGGCCUUGAUUGGUAUCAAGAUGGAGGAGGCCGGUAAAAGACAGGAGAAGGGCGUUGUCAACGAGGAUCUCGAUCUGGACCUUGAUAUCCGCAUGGCCCGCUUCGAACAACUCAUGGAUCGUCGGCCUUUCCUCGUCAACGAUGUGCUUCUCCGCCAGAACCCGAACAACGUCAACGAAUGGGAGAAGCGUGUCGGUCUUUGGGGUGAAAACAAGAUUGAGGUCGUCAAGACGUACUCCGACGCCAUCGCUACCAUCAACCCGAAGAAGGCUGUCGGCAAGUUUCACGAGCUCUGGGCAAACUACGCCAAGUUCUACGAAAAUGGCGGAGACAUGCAGAACGCCCGCAUCAUCAUGGAGAAGGCUGUCAAGGUGCCGUUCAAGUCGGUUAACGAACUGGCCGAAAUGUGGUGUGAGUGGGCAGAGAUGGAGCUCAGGAACGAGAACUUCGAACGUGCGGUGGACAUCAUGGCCAAGGCGACCCAAGCGCCGAAGAGAUCGACGGUCGACUACUUUGACGAGACACUCUCGCCCCAGCAAAGAGUCCACAAGAGCUGGAAGCUGUGGAGUUUCUAUGUUGAUUUGGUGGAGAGUGUCAGCACGCUCGAAGAGACGAAGAAGGUCUACGAGCGCAUUUUCGAACUGAAGAUCGCCACGCCUCAGACUGUUGUCAACUUUGCAAAUCUGCUCGAGGAGAACAAGUAUUUUGAAGACUCGUUCAAAGUGUACGAACGCGGCCUCGACCUAUUCAACUACCCGGUGGCUUUCGAGCUCUGGAAUCUCUACCUCACCAAGGCGGUGGACCGUAAAGUCGGGAUGGAAAGACUGCGCGACCUGUUCGAACAAGCCCUCGAGGAUUGCCCGCCGAAAUUUGCCAAGGUGUUGUACUUGAUGUACGGCGCAUUGGAAGAGGAACGAGGCCUCGCCCGCCACGCAAUGCGCAUCUACGAACGUGCCACACGCUUUGUCGCGGACGAGGACAGGCUGGAAAUGUUCGAGUUCUACAUCACCAAGUCGGCAUCGAACUUUGGACUGACGUCGACGCGUCCGAUCUACGAGCGUGCCAUAUCGGCGCUGCCGGACAAGGAAGCAAAGGAGAUGUGUCUCAAAUUCGCAGAGAUGGAGAGACGGCUCGGCGAGAUCGACCGCGCCAGAGCCAUCUACGGCCAUGCCAGUCAGUUCUGCGACCCGAGGACGGAGCCUGGAUUCUGGCAGAAGUGGGAGAGCUUCGAAGUGCAGCACGGCAACGAAGACACGUUCAAGGAAAUGCUUCGGAUCAAGAGAAGUGUGCAGGCACAGUUCAACACGGACGUCAACUUCAUCGCCUCCCAGGCGCUUGCCCGGGCCCAACAGCCCGACGGCGACGGCAGUGAACAAGAUAAGGCGGACGCCAUGGCUGCUCUUGAGCGCCAAGCCAGAGCACCCGAAGGCUUCGUCGCAGCCACCGAAGGCGUCAACAAAGCGGCAACCCAGGCCGAAGCACCCGUUGCAGCAAACCCGGACGCACUCGACAUCGACGACGACCUGUAG